UAUACCCUCUCCCUCACGAUUCGAUUACAAGAUGGACCUGCAGACGCUCUCAAAUCUCUUUGCCUCCACCUUCAGCCCCGACCCAAAUGUCCAGAAGAUGGCGGAGCUCCAGAUCCGCAAGCUGGGCGGACAGGAGGGGAUGAUCUCGAGUACCCUUCAGAUCGUGGGGAAUGAUAACGUAGAUCUCGCGACGCGCCAGGCCGCGGCAGUCUACCUCAAAAAUCGCGUGUACUCGUCCUACUUUGUCGACACCAACGCGCGUCCGGACCAGGUCCCGAUCCCGCCCUCAGAUCGCAACAAUCUCAAGGCUUCCGUUCUCCCGCUCAUCGCCACAUCUCCAUCUCGCGCAAUCACUGUGCAGCUCGCUGGUGCGCUGAAGAACGUCGUGGCCCGCGACUUCCCGGAGCAGUGGCCGAACCUUGCGGAGGAGGUCAAGAAGCUGCUUGCUAGCGGCAACAUUCGGGAUGUGCACGCGGGGUGUGUGGCUGCACUCGAGAUGGUCCGGGCAUUCCGGUUCCGCCAGAACAACGACAUCCUGCCCAAGCUCGUCGAGGAGUUCUUCCCCACCCUCGUCACCAUCGCCUCCCAAGCCCUCCAAAAUCCUCCGGCGGGCACGAACCAGGAAGUGCCUACGCUCCUCCACCUCAUCCUCAAGACGUACUCGACCUCCAUCAUUCUCUUCCUCAGCAAGCACCAGCAGAGCUCCGAAUCCCUCGUCCCCUGGGGCCGCCUCCUUUUCCAGGUCGUGCAGCUCCAGAUCCCCAAGGACGCCGUGCCCGAGGACGAGGACGAGCGGGAGCGCUCCGAGUGGUGGAAGGCGAAGAAGUGGGCGUACAAGAUCCUGGGCAGGCUCUUCCACCGCUUCGGGAACCCGUCUCAGCUGCCGAGCAGCCUGCAGAAGGACUAUGGCGACUUCGCGCAGCAUUUCGUGACGGCAUUCGCGCCUGAGAUCUUCAAGAUCUAUCUGGAGCAGAUUCAGUUGUACGUGUCCGGCACGGCGUGGCUAUCGAAGAAGUGCCAAUACAGGAUCUUCACGUUCUUCACGGAGUGUGUCAAGCCAAAGUCCACCUGGGGCCUUCUCAAGCCUCACUUCCAGGACCUCAUCUCGAACUACGUUUAUCCUCAACUUUCAUUCACUGCUGCCAAGCAGGAGCAGUGGCAGAAUGAUCCUAUCGAGUUCGUUCGCACCAGUGUCGACGAGUACGAGGUAUUCGACAGCCCCGUUUCUUCCGCUACCACUUUCCUCUUCUCCCUUGCGAGCAACAGGACCAAGAUGACCUUCGUGCCCACCCUCGGUUUCAUCUCACAGGUCCUCCACGCUAAGCCCGCCGCCCCCCAGCGCUACGGCGCCCUCAACAUGGCCUCCGCGCUCGGGCCGUUCAUGAUGCGCCACCCCGAGGUCAAGGGCAGCGUGGAGCAGUUCCUCCUGCAGAACGUGUUCUCCGAGUUCGCUGCGCCUGAGCCGUACAUGCGCGCGAUCGCGUGCGAGUUCCUCGGCACGGUGGUCAAGUCCGGGUUCAAGUUCGCGAGCAAGGAGGCUCUGCAGCAGGCGUUGACGGCCGUUGCGGGUCUCAUCGACGAUGGGGAGCUGCCCGUGCGGGUGCAUGCGACGUUGACGUUGACGGAGAUGGUCAUCCAUUCGCAGUUUGUUAAGGAGGCGGUUGCUCCUCAGGUUGGGAAGGUCAUUCAGACACUUCUCAAGCUUUCCGAGGAGACCGACCUGGAUAUCCUUAACGGCGCUAUGGAGAGCUUGGUUGAGACCUACCAGACCGAGCUUCUCCCUGUCGCUGCCGAGCUGACGGCCCGCCUCUGCGAGACGUACGCCCGCCUUGCUCGGGAGAGUAAGAGCGCGGAUGAGACCGACAGCAGUGCCAUCGACCUUGAUUCAAUCAUGGACAACGAUCCCAACGAGGACAAGACCUUUGCCGCGAUGGGCGUCGCAAAGACGAUCGCGACUGUCGUCAACGCCGUCGACUCAAACCCGGAGAUCCUCGCGCAGGUGCAGGAGAUCAUCAUCCCGAUCGUGGUGCUCACGCUCGACGCGAAGCUGCUCGACCUGUUCGACAAUAUGUACGACCUCGUCGACGUGUUGACGUUCAAGACGAGGAGCAUCUCGCCUAACAUGUGGCCCGUGUUCGAGCUUACGUACAAGCUGUUCAAGAGCGACGCUGUGGACUUCUUGGACGAGAUGCUGCCCUCGCUUGACAACUUCGUCUCAUUUGGCGGCGACGUCUUCAAGACGCGCCCCGACUACUGCCAGAUGGUCCUCGACAUCUACCAGACGUCGAUCUCGAGCGAGCACCUCGGGGAGAACGACGCCGUCAACGGAUGCAAGCUCGCCGAGUCCAUGCUCCUCAAUCUCCGCGGCACGAUCGACGACGCGCUCCAGCCUAUCAUCGCAACCGCGCUCCCCGUCAUCGCCAAAGCGGAGACGAACAUGCUGCGGCUCGCGGCGCUCAACGUAGUCAUCAACGCCGUGCUCUACAACCCUGCCGCGGCGCUGCACAUCCUCGACCAGGCCGGGCCCGGGGUCGCGCGUGGCUUCUUCGACCAGUGGUUCGCGGCGAUCAAUGUCGAGGGGCGCUUGCCGCGCGUGCACGACAAGAGGCUGAGCAUCGUCGCGCUAUGUGCGCUCAUGGAGGUGGACCCUGCGAGCAUCCCGCAGAGUGUGCAGGAAGGUUUCCCGGGUAUUGUGUCGGGCGCGCUCAAGCUGUUCCAGGAGUACCCCAAGGUUGUUCAGGCCCGCAAGGACCUCGAAGAGCAGUAUUCGGACGAUAACGAAGAUGAUGACGAUGAGGACGACUCUAAGUUCCUCAAUAUGAAUGACGAGGACGACGACGUCUGGGAUGAAGACUCCGCCUAUGUCGAGCUGCUCGCAAACGAGAGUCAACGCCUCCAGGAGAAGAACGCGAGGCAAGCCAAUGGCGAGGAGAUCUCGGAUGACGAAGAGGAGGAAGAUAUCGAGGAGGAGCUCGGCUACAUCAGCCCUCUGGACAACGUCGACCCUUACAUCACCUUCAAGCAGGCACUGACGUCGUUCCAGAUGAAGAACGGCAGUGGGUACCAAAUCGCGACCACGUCGCUCUCUCCCGAGCAACAGACGUUCCUCAUGGAGGUCAUGCGCCUCGCGGACGAGCACGCCGCCGCCGCCGCCGCCGCUGCGCCCGCCUCUUCUUAGAUGAUGAUGAUUACUUACGUUUACAUAUGCUCUCUCGGCCGGUUUGCUCUCAUCGAUGACUUUGAUCUCGUCGCUCUUGCUCUCGAUCAUCUCGUACAUAUUACCGCAUUUUGGACUAGUUUUAAUCUCAAGCAUAUCAGGUUCGCCUAGGAUCUGGAGACCAGAAGGAAGUACAAGAUGCACAGUUGUUUCCAAUUCGUCCUACAUAUAUAGCACGCUGUUGCUACUGAUGAGCGAAGAAAAGUAUCGAUGGCACUGCAAUGUUACAUGAAAUGAUGAUCGUUACGAGUCAUCUUCCUGCGUGAAAUGGGCGAAGGCGUACACGGCAGUUUCAAUCCAGAGGCUCGCGAGGAUGCUUCCUCAUCUGCUGAAGGUAUUCCUGUGUGUCCUCGAGCUCCCACUCCAGCGGACGGGUGAGAGGCUCGAAAGUCUCGCCGUGCGCCUCUAUCUCGGCAAGGCGCUUCGCAGUCUCCGGCUUGCUCUUGUUGACGCUAUAAAUCUUGACACGGUGGCAAGACGACGUGACAUGCAGAUCCCAGUUCCAAGCGGAGCGCACGAAAGUCGGCUCAGUGUUGUUGUUGCUAUCCCAGGUACGGACGCAGAACUCGAGCCAGCCUUGGGCGUUCACGGGGACUCUGAUCGACCAGAGCCUCCAAGCGUGGUAGUGCUUCUCCGUCAUGUCCUCUUCGGCACACGCAUACCACACAUGACCGCCGUCAGGAGAGACCUCGACUCGUUGGACCCAGUUGCCAUCGCCACUAUAGGACCAGCCCUUGACCUCGAUCUCGCCCUCAUGUAUUACGACCUGUUUGUCAAGGGGGAAGAUGAUGGCGCUCGAGACGGGCAUGCCUUGUAUCGAGAAACCGUUGGACAUCUUCACAUUCUGCUUCCCGAGCUGCUGAUUGUAGUAGAGGUACUCCGCAGCCUGGACAGGACCCAAACUCGGUUCCGCGAGUGCAUUGAUCUUGUACAACCACUUAGCGCUCCGCGCGCCGAUGUACCCGGUGACAACGGCACGCAAUGGAAAACCAUGAAUCUUAGGCAACGGCUUGCCAUUCAUCUCCCAGGCGAGCAGGACUUCUUCGUUCUGCCUGACCUUGCGCCAUGGGACGGAGACGGCGUAGUUAUAAACAUUACCCUUCUUGAAGUAGGUGUCCGCGCCGAUGAACUCGAGAUGCUUGGCCUCGGGAAGGAUACCACCGCAGGCGAUUUUCAGGACCUUCUUGAGUGGGACGCCGCGGUACACCGCAGUGCCAAUUGCACCCUCUCCCCAAGGAGCGUUGAUUAACUCAUCACCGUCCCCAGGAUAUAGUUGGAUCUGCUCGAUACGACGCGUUCCGCUACAUUGAAUGGUGACUGUUACCUCUGCCUGAGGAAAUUUUGAAGGAUCUUUCAAUUCCUUCAAAGAUAUCUUGACCGGCUUGUUGACGAGCCCUCCGAUCUCCAGCUCGUAUGCGCCUUCAUCGAUGUCUGGUACGCCACCAUGGUUGCGCACAAAAUGCCACUUGUUAUCGGUGAUCUUGGCCUUGAUGAGCUCGGAACGCGGCGUCUCGCCGUUGUAAGGGAAGUCCAGAAGGUGGAUCAUACCAGGCUUCUCUUUCAAGACCGUCGCCCAGCUGAAGUCGACGAUGCUCUUCAGCCCUAGCGCCUCAUGGUAUUCCUUCCAGCGGUGUCCAACGAGUACAGGAUUGGUC